AGGCGUGGAAUAGUAGAGGGGAUCGCGAACACGACGGAAUAUCCCGGCGUCAGAUCGCAAGGGGACGCGAGUGUGCGCGCGUCAGCUCUGUGUUCGGCAGUUCCACCGUUUCUCCGGGUCAUCGUUUGCCGGUCCGUUUUCGUCCCAUUUCUUCGCGUACCGUCAUCUGAUCGGUGAGCUUGCUGUAAUUUUUUCUCUGUUAUAUUUACAAGACUCGUUCCGAAUCGUAGUCGUUCUCGACUACGUUUGGCUGCUACGAUGCGGAACAACGCCGAUGGCGAGUUCCCUGUGUAGUCGCGAAAUCGGUACCAGUCAUAGUCUGUCUUUGUCACGUUCGUGGAGUCUUGCGAAUGUACCCGCUUACCGCGUGUCCUGUUCCUUUUCCCUGACUUUACCCCUCCAAACCCCGUUACGAAUCUUCUCCUUCUCCCUCCUCCUCUUCCCGACCUGUCCUUUCAUCCUUCUUCCUUAGAGCAUAGUCCCUUUUGGUAACGCAGAGUGUGCACGUUACCAGUGCACCUCACACAACAUUGGGCAGCACGUAGGCGAAGUGUACGCGUGCGCGCUCUUCCCUCGUAAACUUUCCACUUUUUUUUUCUUCACUGUGUAGUGUGUUGUGUAUCGGUUGCGAGACGACUUGGACGUUUGCGAUAGAAAGCUCGCGCGCAUGUCAGCCAUCAGCGCGGCGCGUGUGUUUCUUUUACUUUAGUGACAGAACAAAUUUACGACGUUGAUACAGGAACACCCACAAUCUACUAAGACGACAUCGAUCGUGGUUAUUUUCCACCGAAAAUUGGAAUUGGUUAGUAUUGUGAAUUUUUGUGUAAGAACAACGAACGUUUCGUUGCACUAUACAAACGUAUCAACCAAAGGCACGAACACGUAUUCGCGUUGUUUCGAUUACAGUGUUUCUUCGCGGUGUCGGUGAGACGUACUUCGAACUCUGUUACUUUUCACCGGUAACGUGACACUUACCGACGGAGCCGAUAUUAAUUCGUUUGUUUCGCGUCACGUGCGAUUGGUGUGUAUCGAGGAUAAAAAUUAUACUUGCGAUCGUGCGCGCGACUCGUUUCACGCCGUGAUCUCGUUUCUUUCGUAAACGGUGAUAAACGAGAGCGAACCAUCGGUUCCUCCUCUUUUCUUUGUAGUUUGGCAGCGUUUCGCUGCGGUUGUGUCAUUCGUGUCGUGGAAGACCGCGUUGCGGUAAAACAGUCAAAAUUCGGGUGAAGAACAGAGAACCGUUGCCAUCCUACGCGAUGGAAAUGAGCGACGAAUAUCAGGACAUGGGAAACCCUGGAGGAGGGGUAGCGGUGGUCAACAUACCUAUUACCCAUCACCAACGUACGCCUGAUAGUCCAUUGUCGCAUCAGGAGGAGGAUUUGUCGGAUCCAGACCUUCAGGACGAAGAGAGCGGCGAGGAAUUACCUCAGCAACCACUUCACGGUAACACGCACUCAUCGUCGGAUAAUGCAUCUGCACAGGCUAAUACACCUACUCCAUUAACACACUUGAACAGUCUGAUGGGUGCACACCAUCCGCACUUUCUGACGAAGCUGAAAAUGGAGGCAGCCGAUAUGGAUGCAUUAACCAAUAAAAGCGGACUGGAAGCGUUGCAAGUUGCUAUGAGUGGUGCCGGAUUCAAUCUACCAUUUUCAUUUCCACCACCUGCAGCGUUCUUAACACCACAGCAACACUCGCAAAACAGCCAUUCACAAACGAGUAAUGCUAUCGUGAGCGGCAUUGGAAAUCAAAUGACAUCAUCGGCAAGCUCGCAUUCCAGCGAGUCAUCACAGGGUAGCGGUAGAAACGGUGGAGAGCCUCGCGAGACCAGCAAUCAUUCGCAGAGUAACUCGACGGGCGCGAAUCAGCAGCAACAGACCAGCUGGAGUUUCGAAGAGCAGUUCAAACAGGUGCGUCAGCUCUAUGAGAUCAACGAGGAUCCAAAACGAAAAGAAUUUCUGGAUGAUCUCUUCAGCUACAUGCAGAAACGAGGAACACCGAUCAACCGACUGCCAAUAAUGGCAAAAUCGGUGCUUGAUCUAUACGAGCUGUAUAAUUUAGUGAUUGCUCGGGGCGGACUCGUAGACGUAAUCAACAAGAAGCUCUGGCAGGAAAUCAUCAAAGGUCUCCACCUGCCAUCAAGUAUCACUUCCGCCGCGUUUACUCUACGCACCCAGUACAUGAAAUACCUGUAUCCGUACGAGUGUGAGAAGAGACGUCUAUCAACACCGGCGGAAUUGCAAGCGGCGAUCGACGGGAAUCGUCGAGAGGGACGUCGAAGCAGUUAUGGAACAUAUGCGACGAGCAGCAGCACGACGAGCGAAAGUCUCGCACAGAGGAAUCCCCACACACCCAACUCGCUCGCGUUGCACGCGCAAAUGUCACCGUUAUCGUUGGUGACAGCGGUAGCGGCUGGUGGUCAACACCAUGGACCGCAAUCGCUGGUGAAUGGAAGCGCCGCGCACACACCCUUACCCCACCAUCCACAUCAUCCGCAACAUUCUCAGGGAAUAGCAGGCCAAUCAAAUGCAGAACUGCAGUUUCUCUUCCCCUCGAUAAUCUUUCCAGGACCUAUUCCUGGGAUGGCACCAUCCGAGUUCGAGGCACGCAUGGUCGAGUACGUGAAGCUAUUAAACAAAGAGCUUAGAAGCGCUGGUGGUGGUACACCGCCACCCGUAAUUCAUCGACAAGAUAGCGCGUCACCUCCACCUUCGACACCACCGAGGGAUGGCGCGUUCAGUGCUCUAGAAAUGUCCCGGCUGACCUUGUGGAAUAUGUACAACAACAAUACUCUAUAUCCAGGAAUGGCUCAUCAACCGCCUAUGUCACCACAGGCCUCACACUCACCGGUACCUGCACCUCCUACUCCUGAACCUCAAAGGGAAGCUCUUGAUCUUGGCCUCAGGAUUUUUCCUAGAUCAUCACCCAUAUGCUUGUCACCAAUGAGGCGAAGUUCUUCACCCUCUUCUGGAGGUAGUAUGCAAAUAAAGAAGGAUCAAGAUAUAAUUCAUAUAUCUGGACCUCCGCCGGCAAAACGAUCACUCGCCGAAGACGAUAAUCUGGUAGAGAAGGGUGCAACAGCCGUUACCGGCACGCACAUUAAAAUUUCCAAUCGAGGAGAUGGAAGAAACGGUGAUAAUUCCUUAGUAGUCAGUAUGGAGCUAAAUGGAGUGAUGUAUCAAGGUGUUUUAUUCGCUCAAAGUGACAAUAGGACCACGAACAAUACACCAACAUGCAGCAGCAGCAAUUCAAAACCGUCUCGGAGUAUAGUUUCAUGAAUACGCAACGAUUAAGGAAUCAUCAGCCUAUCACGUUGUCUUGAUACUUGAUAACUAUAUACAUGUAACAACAGUAAUAACCUAUGAACGAACGAAGCAGUCUACCAUAAUCGAACUUGAUUUUUCUUUGACGGCUAUAAUUUACAUUCGCUAACUGGAAUUGUCAUUUGCUUGUAUCAUGCGCGAAUACCUACUAGGUUCCUAAAAAUUGUAUAAAUAUAUAUGAUAAGUGAAUUAGUCGUGAUGACGAUAGGCUGUUUGGAUGAUGAUAUUGCGAAUGAUUGUUGUGUGAAUAGUGUAUGUAUGAUAUGUGUGCAAUGCAAACAUAAAUAUUUUUAAUUAUAUAUCUUUAUAUUUUGCGGUUUCUUUCGUUCAAUGGAAACCUCCUCGACGUAUCGUUCGUCGAAGAUCUCGCAUUGUCUUUCCUUUCGUUCAACCUUAAUAAUAUAAUUAAAAAUGAAACGAAAAAGUAGACAAGAUAGUACAUAUUUGUAAGGGUGAACUAGAACGGAAAAUAUUCGCGAGAAAGAACGUGUUAAUUUUUUUUUCUUGUUAAGCACAGUUCUCUUUCCAAAAUUUGCUCCUUAAAGCAAUAGUUAUAUUUGGCUAGUACUUCCAGUCAAGAUCAUUUGCAGAAUGCUUUCUACUUCACAAACUCUACAAAUAUAUAUUAUUUUUUCAUCGCAUCUCUUACGGAUAUUUUAUAGCAUUUUAAAUUAGCACAUGUACAUUUGUUUUUAUCAUAAUUAUCAAUACGAUAUCAUUGCAAAUGUAGAAUCUAGGUGUGUGUGUGUGUGUAUGUGUACAUACAAAUAUAAUGCAUAUAUAUAUAUAUAUAGGAGUACAUACAUAUAUAUGUACACCUACGUGAGUGCGUGCGUAGACAAUUGUUCAUCUUAUCGCCCGUUUGUUAAGUGUACAUAAUCAUUCGAAUAUAUUUUGCCUUCCGUAAGAGAGAACCAGAGCGAGAAAAAGGAACAGAGUUCAGUGCGACAGUUUACAAAAAGAUUGAGUAAUAUUAUUAUUAUUAUUAUUAUUAUUAUUAUAUUAUUAUUAUUAUUAUUAUUAUCGUCACUACUAGAUAUAGAAUUUUUAUUUUCUUUCAUUUUCUUCUAUUUUCUUUUUGUGACAGGUAGGUAUUGACGAAAAAGAAUCGGACGGUGAAAAUGCGCAAUCGGCAUUUUCACCUUAUCAUUUAGAUUCUUUUAUAUGAUUCUUUCGUGAAUGAUUUUCACGAAAUAGAGCGAAAGCUAAAGCAAAUUAUCAUUGCCCGUUUUUUUAUUUUUACUCUAUACUUCCGCGUUGUUUUCUUUAUUUUAUACUAAGUGCGCAAAAGGUACAGCCGUUUACUAUACAAGCAUUUAGCGGCGUAUCAUCCGAAUGUUUGAUCCGUUCGCACCAUUUCGCACCUUUGCCGUUGACUCACGCGUCGUCAAAUUUUCUAAAUCUCUCUUUUUUUUAACGAUGAAUAAGGAUGUUUUCGUCUUGCUAGGGCCAGUUCGAUAAGAAUACCGUAGUCAGGUAACUAUAAAACACUGAACACCCACGAAUCGAUCUAUAAAUAUAUAAAUAUAGCAAUGUUUACUUUACAUAAUGCUUAGUACAUAACGCGCAGGAUAAAGUCAUACAGGAUUCAAACGUAUAUCCUUUGUAGAAGACAAGCGUAUCCGCAACGCAACCAGGACGAAAAUAAAAUCAUCCGUAGUCAUAGUUAUUAGGAUAAAGACAUAGCGGAGGUAAGAUAUUAAAGAAUAAUCCGCGCAACAAGAAUAUAAAGAAUGUAGAAUAGAUGAGGAAAAAAUUUUUGCGAAUGACUUAUCGACGAUCUCUAAAUCGAUAACAGAAAACGAUACAAUGGCUUGUUUAAUGAUCUGAGAAUCUGUACAUUAAUAAUGGUACAGGUGAGAAAAUGAAAUUGUUUUAUUGUUUAUAGUUCGAAUAUUAGCCAAAAAGACUGUUACAUAGAAUGAAUAUUAUAUAGGAUAGAAAUAAUUUCUUAUUGCGAUUAUUAAAAUCAAUAUUAAUGACAUUGUCAACAUUAAUAUUACAACUAUAUAGUUAUUAUUCCUAUUACUAUUAGUAUUAUUCAGAUAUUUACUACUAUCAUCUUGUUAUGACAUGGUAGGAAGUAACGGUUCUAAUAAAAGAACAAAAAAAAAAAAAAAAAAUAGAAAAAGGAAUAUUUGAAUCAAAGUUAAGGAAAGGAAUCCUUGUUGCUCUUGCAUAAAGGUAAAAGGUUGAUUCCUUUUUCCUUUCUUUCUUUUUUUCAUUUUUAUUCCAGACAAUUGAUAUGAAAUAAGAAAAAUAUUUCUGCGGCGAUCUUGAAAUUAAUUGAUAUUUUGAUUCUUGACAGUCUUUUUUAUGUGGUGCUAAAUUCAUCAUUUUACUUUUUAAUUGAUUACACGAAACACCAAAUUAAUAAAAAACAUCAAAUACAAAAAUAAGCAACAAAAAAAUAAAUGUAAUUAACAGUUUUUCUGCGCUCGAUGAUUUUCAUAGUUUAUAAGACAAUUGUUAAUGUUUAUUGAACCGACUAGACUGAUGCCGGUUUGUAAGUAUUAUUAAUUUUUGUCUUCAAUGUCGAAACAAAAAUACAGCACAUUUGCAGGCAUAACAUUGUAAUAAUAAUUAUAUACGUUGUAUAUACUACAUAUAAUUAAAAAAAAAAAAAAAACAAUACUGAUGACAUUAACUAUUUUAAUCUCCGUAAGUAGCAACUUAGUUAUCUGUAAAUCCAUGUAAACGAGCCCACAAAUAUCAUAACGAAUAAAAUCGAUAUUACUUUUA